AUGGCUGGCAACAUUCAAUCUUCCGUACAACAAGCAACACCACUGACUCCAAUCGUAAUGUCUCAAACACGUCGCCAAACAGUAUCGAAUAGCAAUCUUCGGGUUACCAAGGUUGUAGCCGCUUUGCAAAAAUGGGAAACGGAUCAUGAAGAUGAAGACGACCCUUGUCCCAUCUGUUUCGAGAGUUUCAAAAAAGUCAAAGUUGAUGCAGAUGAGAACGAUUCUUGCUCUGAUUCCUUGGAUUUUGAUGGCGGACAUGGAGGUUCCAUAGUCGUCACGCCUUGCAGUCAUAAAUUUGGGUAUAUCUGUUUGGCAAAUUGGCUUGUCCAGGAGGAUAGUUGUCCCAUGUGCCGCAACAGGAUUCUCCCCCUCGAUCCACCGCAAUCGAUCCAACGUGCUCAACAAAGACAGCGUUCCCACUCCACCGAGUCGCAGAGUAGCCCCGCAAAUAUGCAGCUUAUGGCACCUAUUCCUAUAGCUCGAUCAGUAUCUCUUAACAGUAUUGAGAUCACCUCUCCAUUUGAACUACAAAGAUGGAAUGCUAGAUUCGGUCAUUUGAACAAUAUUUUGCCCGAGGCUGGGAACUUAGUGGCCCAGGAAAUGAAUCAGAUUAGUGUUCGCCCACCUCCGGUUAGACCUAGUACUACUACACAUGGUCACCCAGCUACACCUACCUCUACUGUAGUUGAGCCGGGAUUUAUACGCCGCACUUAUGAUGCCAAUAUCACGACUUACGACUUGACACACCGACCCAGGGAUAAUCAAACUUCUCACCUUACUCGACCAUCAAUUGAUCCUUCAUGGCGCAACUGGGAUUAUACUAGUCGGUAUGAUUUAAGAGUGUCUAGGAGACAGAGGAGAAUUACUAGCUCUGUAGCUGCAGCGGUAGGAGUGUCCGCGGGUCUAGGAUCUGUGAUUGGAAUGCCAAGAGCAGAAAUGAGAGAGCCAACAAGUAGUGAUAAUAACGCUUCAGGUAGAACUGAGUCAGAUGAUGAUUAUACGAUUGUGAGAGCAAUGGGCCACGCCAUGGGCUUGGGAACGGUAGUUGGAAUGCCGAGAGCGGAGUGGAGAAGUACCAUGAGACCACUGUCGCCAUUGGAUGAUUCGAGCAGAUCACGGGUGUUAAGUGAAUCGGCAAAUGAAAGUAGUACCGAGACUCUACCUACGACAAGAAGUAGAGAAACGAGUGUAGAUGAGGAUUUGCGAAGAUUGCCGGGGCUGUCUAGUAGCAUGUGGGCUCGUACUUGGGGAUGA